ACACAGUGACUGUGUCCAUGGACCAUGUGAGGGGGAACUGCAACAGAGACAAAUGCAAAUACUUCCACCCUACAGCACAUCAGCACAUCCAGCUUCAAACCAGACAGACCCUCAGCCCAUCCGCUACUGCCACGGCUGCUCCUCAUGCUCUGUUGGCUAAGCGUGUGGCUCUGGAGCCGACUGGAGUGGCAGGAGGUCUGUUUAACUGCGGCACACUGUCCUUCCAGCAGACCGUCAGCCCCACACCACUGCAGACGGCCACAGCGUUACUCCCCACAGUUCCCAUGAUGCUCGGUGCACCAGCUGUUCCUGCUAUUAGCCCUUAUGUCACUGCUGCCUCAGCAAACGCCAGUCAGAUCAUCUUAAAGUAAAGCACAGAAUACGGACCCAUUGCUAAUAUAAUACACAUGAAUGGAAAUUUUCAUUGUCAACAAUAUUGGGUUAGAAAUAUUUAAAAGCCUGAGACCGCUGAAUA